CUCGCGUCGCAACCAAUUGCUAAUUUCAUGGUCAUCUGACAACCAUCUCACUGGCCGUGACGACAAAAAUUUUUACACAAUAGCCACCACCAACAAAGAAUCUUUUGUGUAUAGAACAAACUGGUAGUAAAUUGCUGAAAAUAUAUUUCAUUAGAAGUUUUAUAAACAUUAUACGCCCUUAGAAACAUUAUUCAUUGUGAUAAAGUGUGAUUGGUGCGUGAAAUCGUAAUGUCAACUCCUGCCAGAAGACGCCUGAUGAGGGAUUUUAAACGUCUUCAAGAAGACCCACCCACGGGUGUGUCGGGUGCUCCUACCGAUAACAAUAUAAUGAUCUGGAAUGCUGUGAUAUUUGGUCCCCACGACACUCCGUUUGAAGAUGGCACAUUCAAACUGACCAUUGAAUUUACAGAGGAGUAUCCCAAUAAACCUCCAACGGUUCGGUUUGUGUCCAAAAUGUUUCAUCCAAAUGUUUAUGCUGAUGGUGGAAUUUGUUUAGACAUCUUGCAAAACAGAUGGAGCCCAACAUAUGAUGUAUCUGCUAUCUUAACCUCUAUACAGUCAUUACUAAGUGAUCCAAACCCAAAUUCACCAGCGAACUCAAUGGCAGCGCAACUAUACAAAGAAAAUCGGAGGGAGUAUGAAAAACGAGUGAAAGCGUGUGUAGAACAAUCGUUUAUUGAUUAGCAGGGUGCGGGCAACACCAGAGGGGCUCGGCAACCGCGCCGGCGUCGCCGGCCGUACCUUCGCGUUCAUUCAUUCAUUGGGACAACCAAGUAAAUUAAUAGUAAUUAAUCAACAACACCAUUUCCAUAUACCAAUAACAUUUUUAGUACCUACAUAAUAAUAAGAAGUUAAAAUUGAAGUCAA